AUGGCUGCAUUACUGGCCGAAGGUGUGUGGAACCGCAAAGCUGGCCGAUACGAUUAUAAUCGAUUCGAUCACAUCGCAUCAACCAGUGCUUCAGUGGGAUACCAAUCAAUCGGGAAAGUUGGUGUCGAUUGUCGAUUCCUCUUCAGAAAGUCACAGUGGGGAACAUUGGGACCUGCUGAGAAUGCCGCCGGCAUUAUCUAUAUGGAGCUCAAUUUUGACCAACCACCAGACUGUACACUGGAGUCUGCAACAAUUCAGGUGACUUUGGAUGAGGACGACCAGGGGCUGGACCCGUAUCGUGUGGACAGCUUGCCGGCUUCAGAGUGCCCAGUUCUUAUUACCGACUACUAUGGGCCUGGACACAUCGUCGGCACUUCAAAGAGGGUUUUGGUCAACGAGGUGCUGAAGUUCGAACCAUACAUCAAUGUAGGCGGUAACGGAGGUUCCUUGGGAGGCACCGAAAAAGAAAAGAAAUUCGAGCAUGAGAGUCGAUGGAUGUUUCGCAGUCACAGGGUUCGUGACUAUAAAACUCGUGGGCAAAAAUGGGGCCAUAGAAUUUUGAGAUGGGAGAUGACAGAAAACAACAUCGAGAAGUAUCCCGUCCACAGCAACAAGGUCUUUACCGCAUUCGCAUACGAGCACAGUGGACAGCCCUUUUUGAUGAAGGUUGAGGUCUCAGGCAAACUGAGGCAGCGGAGUGAUCGACUGAAAGCCAACCUGGCCAGGAAUUUGAAGAAGUUUGGACCGAGAGCCCGUAGGCAAGAGGAAAUUUCUACCACUUUGGUCGGCGCGUAUCUCGGCCACAGAAGACCCCUGGAUGAGCUUGCUAAGGGCUUAGCUAGCGCAAUGGAAGUCCAGAACUACCUGGCGCCGCCGCUUGUGAUGCCUGAUACCCAGACGGCAUCCUUCCAACAGGUGACGUUUGAUGAGACGCCGUCAACGAAUCCUGCUGCGCAGUAUCCUUGUCUCGGAACCUCAAACCAGGAGUUUUUAAAUGGAAGAACUUCUCAGCCUGCGUUGAACUUGGAUGGUCAUAUGCUGAAUAUGGUGGAUGAUAUACAAGUGUCAGGAUUGCAGGACCGCACUGAACCGACACUGGAGAACCUCGCUCGAGUCGGAGAGUACUUCACGGCGCCAAUCAGACAGGAGGCCAUCCGAAGUGACUCAUCCGAGGCUUCAGCUCACCCUUCAGCCACCACACUCGUGGCCAGCUCGUCUGGGACGCCGCGGUCGGUAACCUCACUACCGCAGAAGAUUGAUGGAGACACUAUGGCUCGAGUCAUGGAGAUAUCAUUCUUGCGCCUGUUGAUCCAGUUAGUGGUUGGUAUCAUGGACUUUCUUGUGCCCAAAGGAGCCCCAAUUGACGCAACAGGAGGGAAAUAA